CUUGGGCCGGGCUGGGGGUGCGUGCGGCUGGGAGUGGAGCGGGUUUGAGCUGAGCCGAACCGAACCGAGCAGAGCCGAGCAGGCCGUGACUAGCCGCGGCCGCCGCUGCGCCGUCCUCGGACAUGGAGGGCGUGCGGCCUGGCGGGGGUCCCCCCGCGGGCGGCCCGGGUUCAGGCUCGGGGUCCGGGUCCGGCUCCUUCCCGUCGCUGUUCCCGCCGGGGCUGCACGGUAUCUACGGCGAGUGCCGUCGCCUUUACCCCGACCAGCCCAACCCGCUCCAGGUCACCGCCAUCCUCAAGUACUGGCUGGGAGGACCUGACCCCUUGGACUACGUUAGCAUGUACAGAAACCUGGGAAACCCAGCUCUGAAUGUUCCUGAGCACUGGCACUAUGUCAGCUUCGGGUUAAGUGACUUGUAUGGAGACAACAGAGUACAUGAGUUUACAGGAACAGACGGACCAAGUGGUUUCGGAUUUGAGCUGACGUUUCGCCUAAAGAGAGAAACGGGGGAGUCAGCACCACCUACUUGGCCAGCAGAGUUAAUGCAAGGCUUAGCCAGAUACGUCUUCCAGUCAGAAAACACCUUCUGCAGUGGUGACCAUGUAUCGUGGCACAGCCCUUUGGACAACAGUGAAUCCAGAAUCCAGCAUAUGUUGCUGACAGAAGACCCUCAGAUGCAGCCAGUGCAGACUCCUUUUGGGGUUGUUACUUUCCUACAGAUUGUUGGUGUUUGCACUGAGGAACUGCAUGCAGCUCAGCAGUGGAAUGGGCAAGGGAUAUUGGAACUCCUUCGGACUGUCCCAGUAGCUGGAGGCCCCUGGUUGAUAACAGAUAUGCGAAGAGGAGAGACAAUAUUUGAGAUUGACCCACAUCUACAACAGGAGAGAGUGGACAAAGGGAUUGAGACAGAUGGCUCAAACCUGAGUGGAGUGAGUGCCAAAUGUGCCUGGGACGAUCUCAGCCGGCCCCCAGAGGAUGAUGAAGACAGCAGGAGCAUUUGCAUUGGGACCCAGCCACGGCGGCUCUCUGGAAAAGAUACGGAGCAGAUCAGGGAGACUUUGCGGAGAGGGCUUGAGAUUAACAGCAAACCUGUUCUACCUCCAAUAAAUUCACAAAGACAGAACGGGUUGAACCAUGACCGAGCACCAAGCCGUAAGGACAGUUUAGAGAGCGAGAGCUCAGCAGCUAUCAUUCCUCAUGAGCUAAUCCGCACGAGACAGCUGGAGAGUGUACACCUGAAAUUUAACCAGGAGUCCGGAGCACUCAUUCCCCUCUGUCUAAGGGGAAGGCUCUUACAUGGACGGCACUUUACAUAUAAAAGUAUUACAGGGGAUACAGCAAUCACGUUUGUAUCAACAGGAGUUGAAGGAGCCUUUGCUACAGAAGAGCACCCCUAUGCAGCACAUGGACCUUGGUUACAAAUCCUAUUGACCGAAGAGUUCGUAGAGAGAAUGCUGGAAGAUUUAGAAGAUCUGAAUUCUCCAGAGGAAUUUAAACUUCCAAAGGAGUACAGCUGGCCUGAAAAGAAACUGAAAGUUUCCAUCUUGCCAGAUGCCGUGUUCGACAACCCGCUGCAUUAGAGCUGAAUUACACCCUUCUAACAACUGGGAGAGCCAAGUUACUGUCCAUUGCCCAGUGACUCACGGGAUAAUUAAUGCAGUAAAAACUCUGCCUGCAACUAAAAGAGUUUGCUGCACAACCACUGCAAACAGAAGAGGAGCUGCUCAGCACCAGCCCAGACCGAACUGAGCCCUUUCCUUUAUCCUUCCCAAGGCUGAGCUCUCUGGGAACAGCCUGCGUAUGUGUGAGUGCGAGUGAGAAUAUUUAACUAUGAAAAUUAGUAGUAAGAAUCCUUUUUUCUCUCUCCUAGCUACAGAACUCCCCUCUGCCUUAGCUCAGGGUGUAGAUGCUCUGCACGCCUGUAUUUACACAUGCGUUUCUGCCAGGUGCGAGCCUAUAAUCCAUGGAUUAAAUGUUCUUUACGUGACUCUGGAGUCCUUUUGUUAGCCAAACUUUUACUGACUGCAGAACUGUUCUUCCAUGUGCUAUUUUUUUUUCUUUUCAGAAACGGAAUGGUAUUUCCCCUGUUUAAAGGAGGCCAAAAGCUCACAUGCUUGAAGCUGAACAGAUUUAAAGAUGAACUUUCUAGUUCAGUCAAGAAAAACAAACCCAGAUCCUCCCUGCCCUCAAAUUAGGCAUGUUUUAAGUGUUGGUCUUGGUGCUAUUAGCUAUGGUAUCACUGCAAACAGAGGCAACUUUAUUCUCACGCAUCCUGUCCUUGUGCCUGAACCCCAGGGAAGGUCGCAACCCCUGGUUUUGCACAAGCAGGAGGAAGAAAGCUACCGGGGCGGGGGAGAUCUCCUGUUUACAGUGUGUUUAUCUUUAAAGAGAUACUGUCAAGUAUUUUUUCCUUGCUAUUGUACAGAAUUUGAGAAGCUAGAAAGGACCAUUUGUUCACAGGGACAACUUCAGCAGCUCUGCAGGAUCCAGAGGGCUGCUUGAAAGCAUAUGAAACAGAGAUCUCCACUGCCCUGGCGCAGCAGAGAGGAGACAGCCUCAAUAAAGCCAACUAUUCUCCCUGUUCCAGCAGGGUUGUGCCCUAGCACAGCUCCAUUUUCCCCUCUAGCCUCACUGUGAUGGCUCUUCUUGUUAUUGCCAAUGUCCUUCCUUUCAGAUAGAUUUGAGCUGUAAAGCAUCAAAAUCAGCUUGAAAAGACCCUCCCUCUGGAUCCCCAUGGCUUCCUCCUUGGAGCAAAAUGUGGUGUGCAGAGGGAGACGGUCUCUGCAGGGUCAGGCUGUGUCUCUGCAUCAAGAUCCUGGCCCCUGUGGAUAUGCUGCAGCAAACCACUGCAGGCUUUACCCCCUGCUGCUGUUGCAGGUUGUUUCUGAUGCAUUUUCCCCACCCUUCUUCUGCCCAUUGUCUUUUGGUGACAACUCUUCACUCCUUGUCAGGGGAGGUGCAGCUUUCCUUCCACCCCUUUUUGCCUACAGGAGAACCUAGUGAUUUACUCACAAUUGCUGUGUGAUCACAAUACAAGGAUAGCAGAAGCUUUUAACACUCAAGUCCCCUGAUCAAACAGCAAAGUCCAGGAGGCCUCACAGUACCCCAGGGUUGGUUUUCUGUUUGUUUUCUGAUUUAAUUUCUUCCUGGCACAUUCAGCUUUGAUGGUUUUUGCAUAUAUUUGGGGCUGGUUAACGUUGGUCAAGAAGCAGAGCUAGGAGCCACAAAGCUUUCUUUGGACUUGCUACAGAAUUCUGCUGUGGCCUCAGGCAAGUCACUCAAUGUCUCUCUGUGCAGAGGGUGAUUAUUGACUAGUGGGCUGUAGGACCUACCGAAGCAUGCCAGGGUUUGCAGGGGAGGGCGUGCUUUGUGUACAAAGUAGUAUUUGUAUUAUUGUAAUUGUUGUUAUAUUAUAAUUUAAGACAGGCCAAAUGCAGGGUCCAACACUGCUCGGCAGAACCUUCCUUUCUGCAAAGCUACGGAAGCAAUUUACAUGUAAAUGAGUUUGUAAUUUUGUCUGAACUCACAGGAUCAUCUUAGAAUCCUGCUGCGAAAGAACAAACUUUCAGAUAUCUGCAUGUGCCAGCCAGGGGGUUUCUGUGCUGUGGCAGACUGCAGUCAUCCGUGGGAUCUCUUGGCCAGUUUUCAUUGUCCUGGUUAGCACGAAGCAUCCCUUCUGCACUGGAGAUGUAUAUGCAGGGGACGGUGUGGGUGAGAAAAUGGCAUGAAGAUGUACCAGUCCAGCUUCAGAAAUUACGUGUCCAAAGUCCCACCACCAGAUAAUGAGCAAACAGAUGAUUGUGGCAAUCAAGGGAGAAAGGCAAGAGCAGCAACUACAAUUCUGUCCCAGAGCCAUCCGCCAGCAGUAGCCCAUGGGCUGCUCUUGUACGAUGCUUGCUAGGGGUACCUGCAGCAGAGCUGGGCCAUCGCCGCAGUGCUGGCUGCUCUUCCUUGUUUCCAGAUGCUAGCUCUCAUUAAAAGGAGCUUAAAAUGCACAUCUUGGUGAAGAAGGGACAUUUGGAAGGUCAAUUGUUACUGUUCCCACAGAGAUCAGCACAGGGCAGAGAGAAGUCCAGCAGACCCUCUCUGGGCUCUGACACACAUCUGGAAAGCUUAGGACCUCCUGCCCUAUGAACUCCUUGAGCCUUCGCAGUGGGGAUGCAGUGCUUUACGUAGGGAAUGCACCUCCUCCAGGCUGGCUCGUGCUCCAGUUCUGCCUUUCUUAUGUGUAUGUUUUCAUCACAUAUUUACUCUCAUGAGAUGCGCUGGGUUGGGUUUUCAUUGACUUCAGAGCGAGCACGCUGAAUGCAUUUGAAAAUCCACCCAGUAUCUUUGUGUGUGUGUGUAUUUUUGUUCCAUGUCAUGUAUUUAUAUAUAGUUCUGUGUAUUUGAGUUAUGAACAGGUGGCAUGCCAGAAAUCACUAUUUCUGAGACACUUUCUCACAGAACCUUGCUGGUAGCCAGAUAACAAUUGAGGGGAAAGUUUAAAGGCAAAGAAAUGAAAUCUUCCUAUUUAGUUAAGGGGGGAAAUAUUAGACAAGUGCUAAAAUAGAAAUCUCUGUCUCUUACAGUAGGUGUAACAAUGAGAGAAAGCAGUGAAAGUCAGCCUUUAAGCUCCAAGGUCGUGUCGCUGCCUCUCAACAGUUGUCUAAGAAUAAGAAAGUUGCAUGUUCCUCAGUAUCGUGAAUUGCUGCGCACCCACAGGACCUCCCCUCCCCUGACUCACAUCAGGUUUGCAACCAUGCCAAAGGCUUACUCAUAAGCAACUAAAUGAGAUCUCAAGCUUGGAUAUUUUCAUCUUGGGACAAGAGGACAUGCCUGUGUGUGAAGGAAAUGGAAAAGAAACCGUUGUAUUUUAGUGAGCAUUUUCCCUUCAAGAAGGGAAACGCAUCAGUGUUAAUAACACCAUGGUGUUUGUCUAGCCCAAACCUGCUGAGAUGGUAGGCCCCUGGUGCUGAGUUUUUCUAGGUUGUGUGGAAGGUGUGAAGGAGAUUGUCUGAAAACAAAACCUGUGAGGCUUGUGUUGGCUAAAGAUAACGUUCUGGAUGGAAAUGAACAUGGUUCAGAAGCAGCAGGUACAGGUUUUCUCCCUCCUGGAGAAGCCUUGCGAUGCAGGUCGAUAGGGAUAUUGCCAGAGAUGAAGAGAGAGCCUCAUGGCAGACCUGCAAUGCCUUGAAAAUCCAACAUGUGACAGCAGUUCCGAAAUGAGAGAAGUCCCAAAAGCCAGGACUACUCUCCCUCUCGACUUGUGAUUAAGAACAGAAGGAAUGUAUAGUUUCACUCCUGAAGUAUGUGGGCUAUGAUCUGAGCAGAGCUUGUAGCUGGUGUGACCUACAGUGAUAUUUUCAGUGGCUCAGAUAGGUGGUGCCUGCUGUGUAUCGUGUCUUUGAGGACGGUGAUAUAUUGCUCUUACUGUACAGAGAUUUGCCAGCAGUGAUUGGAAAUUAUAUUCUGAAGCUCUUCAAAUACUCAGUUACUCUUGGAUGGCUUUUGAAAUUACACCAAGUCAUCAAGUGGUCUUUGAGGAAGUGGGGGUUGUGUUGUUUUUCAUCUGUGACCAGGAGAAAUAUUUAGGGGGUGUAGCUUUUAAAAAGAAAACAGUUGAAAGAGAUGCUUGCCUUGGAGGGCGCAGAUUGCUGGGGAGAGGUUAUGGGGGGGAGGAGCAGCCUCGUCCUGCACCCACAGCUCAGGCAGUGGAGCCCUUCAUGCAACUCAGGCACUGCAAGGGGAGCUAAUGUGGAUGAAAGGAAGCCAGAAACCAAAGCGAGAAUCAUCAUGGCCUCAGCACAUCAUGGGGCCCUGCAGGAGAGUCCUCAUUUCCAUGCCAGGACCCACUGAGGUCCUGCACAGGCGCAGGCAGCCGCCACACACAUCCCACUGCAUGUUCACGCUCCGGCCUGUAUCCCUCACUGAUGGCGGAGGCUGCAAAUGGCUGCAUCUGAGGUUGAGUCAAAGAUGGGGAGUGGCAGCCUGGCUGCUGCUGUGGGCUCAUUUGUUAUUCUAAUCAGUGUGGGGUGGGGAGCGGAGCUCCUGCUCUGCUGCCCCUCGUGAGAACCUCCAGGCUGGUCACCGAGCGAGCCUUAUUGUUCAUCCCCCAUCCCUUCCCUUUGGCACAUGUCCCCAGCUCCCCUGGAAUCCUUUCUCUGGUGCUUCACUGGAAGGUGCUUGGCUGGCUGCAUGCUUCGCAGGACACAGGGUUAGAUGACACAUGGGAUCAUGGCUCCUGGGCUGUUUGUCUGUCCUGCGUCCUCCUGGGUGGGCAUCUGGAGUCAAUGACCUGCUUUGUAUCUGGCCAGGGCAAGGCAGCGUUGUGUCAGGUGGGGAGAUCCACAGACCCUCAGGCCAGAGGAAACCCUUAGACCUCUGUGUCCAGUUUUCCUUGCACCCUGUGGCUCUGCUGUACCCAGUCCUGGGCACCAGCCCAGGUGAGCAGGGGUCUGGCACCAUGAGAGCCCUUCCACUUCUUGGGGACAUGGUCCUCUACGUGACUGCCCUCCAUCUAGAGUAUGUAUUGUGCCUUAAUUCCCCCCGUGAGUGAAGCUGCGAGGGCACAUGAGCUGUCGAGCAACCAGGAAUCCCUUUCAGUGCAUCUGUCCCUAUCGAUUAAUGCCAGCCUGCACAGCAGCCAAACUGUGUCCAAAACAACCUCAGAAUGCGUGUUUGCCAGUGGGGUUCACCUCCAAAGAUUCUGAAGCUGGGUUUAGGUCUCUUGGACCAUGGCAGUUUUUAAUGAGCUCUGUAGCAACCUCCUAUUUUGAUCAUGGUUUUUUUUCUGUUGUGCAGUUCCCUUUUCAAAAGAAAACCCUCGUGUUUGACAUGAGUCCAGAGUUUCCAAUGGAGAAUAAGCCUGAGGUUGCAAAUGUGUUUAAAACCCAGCCUUGCAUCAACCUGUCUCUGUCAGGCAGUGAACCUGUCGUGUAUCGUGCUUCACCACCUCUUCAUUUCUACCAUGGUUCUGCUUCCCCUAAAGCCGCUGACAGACCAUAAAAUCAUCAUAAGUGGCACAUCAGUUCACAAACAUGAUUUCUGGUGUGCCUGGAGGUGGUCCCUUCCCUUUCCCUCGCUGAAAGACCACAGCAUCGCUCACCGUUCGCCUCGCAGGGCCCCGGCAGCAGGAGAGGAACAUCAGCCCAGGAAGGGCUGCACGUGGCUGGGGCCAGCGCUUGGUUGUUUUGAACUGUCCUGCCGCUGCCUCUUCCCUUCUUUAAAAGAGGAACAGAGAGGGGAAGAAAGCCCCAAACCUCGAAAACUUGUGGGGGAAGCUUCCUGCCGGCUGCUGUGCGUUGCACACACACUGGCCUUUUCUCUCGCCCUCUCCCUCCGCUCCCGGCGAGGCUGGAGAUGAAAAUGGCUCCUUUGUUCCUUUCCCUGGGGCCCAACUGCAGCGAAAGUGCGGCUCCGGAAACCCUCCGCGGAGCGAGCGGCGAGGGUGGGAGGGACCGAGCUGUGUGUGUGGUAGGGCCUACAUAAACACGGCAUGUGUUGACAAUGCCGCGGGCAGGAUGGGCGCAGAAGGACUCUGUGGUGCUGGCGACGAAGCUCUCGCGCUGUGCGGCAGCGAGCAGGCAGCGAGGCCCAUGGGGGCAGAGGAAGGGGUGUGAGUGGCUGUGUCCUCCCAGCAGUGACUGGUCACGGGCUGGGGGCUCCAGGCCCUUUUGAUCUCUGCAUUUGGCUAUUCCCUUGUGGAAGCAGACAGCAUCCUGCUGGGGGCUAGUGCCGAUGCCUGGGACCCCACACCGGGAUGCUCCUUGCAUCCAUCCAGCUCUGGAGUCCUGGUGCUCCAAGUCUGGCCAUGGUCAUGCUCCAAAACCCAAGUUUAGUCGUUGAAAACACUUCUCUCAUCCAGCCUGGGGUGGACACACCAGCUUUCUCUGUCUUUAAAGGUCUGGAGGUUUGGCUGUGCGCUUUGGACCCUAUUUUGCAUAACCUAGAGCAAGGACAAGCUUCCCAGUGUGAGGGACCCAUGGAUAAGAGGGACCACAGCAAACCCUGGCUGCUGGUGCUGCCCUCGCAGCCCAGAGAUGAACCUUUCUGUAGCUCAGCGUGUGCCUGUGUGCGUGUGUGUGUGCUUGGUCUGCGUGCACAGGGCUGGCUGGAGCGAGGAGCCCAAGGAUGCUACGACAGGGCCAGAAGGAGCCCGCGUGCCUGCAGGCAGUGUGUCCGUACCUUGUAGAUGCCUUUCUGCCCCUGCCCGCCCUUGUUUUUUAUAAAAGACAAAGGAAAAAAAAACCAAACCAGAAAAGCUGAACUAGAGGUUUUUAAAUAUUUUAUAUUAGUUUCUAAUGUAAAUUCCUACCUUGUCCUUGCAGUGCUGGGGGGGGGUUGCCUGCACGUGACCUUUUGUAAUAUUUUUGUGACUCACUAAACGUUUCUGUUUCCCUCCCGUGUAUUCGAAGUGCAUUAAAGGUCUUUGCAGAA